AUGCCACUCUCCUGUCGCUUUUACAGCCAAAAGUUUCCCGAAGUGGAAGACGUGGUGAUGGUCAAUGUUCGCUCCAUUGGCGAGAUGGGCGCCUAUGUCCAUCUGCUCGAGUACAAGAGCAUAGAAGGCAUGAUUUUGCUUUCUGAGUUGUCUCGUCGGCGUAUUCGUUCCAUCAACAAACUCAUCCGCGUAGGUCGAAGUGAAUGUGUUGUGGUCAUUCGAGUUGACAAGGAGAAGGGCUACAUUGAUCUGUCCAAGCGGCGAGUUUCUCCGGAAGACAUUGUCAGAUGCGAAGAGAAGUUCGCCAAAGCCAAAGCGGUUCAUAGUAUUCUGAGACAUGUCGCUGAAAUUCUUGACUACAACGAGACACAGUUGGAAGAACUGUACACAAAGACUGCCUGGUACUUUGAUGAGAAGAUGAAGAAGCAGGCAUCUUCUUAUGAUAUUUUCAAAUUGGCUGUAAAUAACCCUUCAAUUCUGGAUGAGUGCGGUCUUGACGAGAAGGUGAAGGAGCUGCUUCUCACGCACAUCAAGCGCCGUUUGAUGCCGCAAGCUGUCAAAGUUCGAUCUGACAUCGAAGUUGGCUGCUAUGCGUACGAAGGUGUGGACGCCGUCAAGAACGCUCUUCGUGCCGGCAUUGCCUGCGGUGAUGAGGAGAUGCCCAUUAAGAUUAACCUAAUUGCGCCGCCUCGCUACGUGGUCACCACUACCACGAUGGACAAGGAAAAGGGCCUCGCCAUGCUCACUGAUGCGUUGGCGAAAAUUGAAGAAUCAAUCAAGAAAUCAAGCGGAAUCUUCACAAUUAGCAUGGCGCCUAAGGUUGUGUCCGACUACGAUGAAGCUCAACUGGUUCGCCUCAUGGAACAGGCGGAGAAUGAGAACAGGGAAGUGUCUGGCGAUGAGGAGGACGAAGACGGCUCGGGCGAUGAAGAGAACUUUGAUGUGAACGCCUAA